GAGAGAGAGAGAGAAAAAAAAAAGAAGCUUUUUUGGGGAUUUGGUAACGUCGAUUCAGGUCAAGAAAAACCCAGCAGAAUUAGAAAACCACAAAGACUCAGAAAGAGAGAGAGAGAGAGAGCUAAAGCUUCACAAUCACAAGGAAACCAAAAGAGAACCUGUUUUGGCUGUGCCGAGAAGACAAAGCAAAAAGCGGGUUUGUAACUGAAACACAUUUCAGAGAGAGAGAGAGAGAGAGAGGGAGGCCACCAGACUAUUAAAAACCACAGUCGUUACAGACCCAAAAGAGAGAAAAAGAGAGAGAAAUAAAAAUAAAUAAAAGAAACUAGUACUAGCACUAGCAAUUAUGGCUGCUAGCAUAACCGUCCUGUCUGCUUAGCCUUUUUGCUCUUCCGGGUCUUCUUGUUCGUAAAUGGGGUAGGAUAUUAUGGUAUUUACCAUAGUGCGUGAAGACUGAAGAGGCUGCUGUUUGAGCUUUUCUUUGCUUUGUUUCAGUUCUCUUGGGUUCUCUGCUCGUGCACGCCACUAACGACGUCGUUGCUGGGUUGGUUUGAGCGUUUGAAUGGCACACCUUGAGUGUGACUCCUCGAUUUCUCGGGCGGAAACAGGCUUUGGAGGUGGUGAUCUGUACACAGAGCUAUGGAAGUUAUGUGCAGGACCUCUGGUGGAUGUGCCAAGGCCUGGGGAGAGGGUGUUCUACUUCCCUCAGGGUCAUUUGGAACAAUUGGAAGCAUCAACAAAUCAGGAACUAAAUCAGCAAAUCCCUCUCUUUAAUCUUCCUUUUAAGAUCCUUUGUCGUGUGGUUCAUAUUCAUUUACUGGCAGAACAAGAGACAGAUGAGGUUUAUGCUCAGAUCACUUUGCACCCAGAAGCAGAUCAAAGUGAACCUACCAGUCCUGAUCCAUGCAUCCCUGAACCUUCAAAGCCAACAGUUCACAGCUUUUGCAAGAUUUUGACCGCUUCCGAUACAAGCACCCAUGGAGGGUUCUCAGUUCUUCGAAAGCAUGCCACUGAGUGCUUACCUCCAUUGGACAUGAUCCAAGCAACUCCAACUCAGGAGUUGAACGCCAAAGAUCUUCAUGGGUAUGAGUGGAAAUUUAAGCAUAUAUUUAGAGGUCAACCCCGGAGGCAUUUACUUACAACAGGAUGGAGUACAUUCGUCACUUCAAAAAGAUUGGUUGCUGGUGAUGCCUUUGUGUUUUUGAGGGGUGAUAAUGGGGAAUUACGGGUUGGGGUUCGGCGUCUAGCUCGUCAACAAAGUCACAUGCCUUCAUCUGUGAUAUCAAGCCAGAGCAUGCAUCUUGGAGUGCUUGCAACUGCUUCUCAUGCUCUUAUGACACGAACCCUCUUUGUUGUGUACUACAAGCCCAGGACAAGCCAGUUCAUUAUUGGCUUAAACAAAUAUCUGGAGGCCAUUAACAAUAAGUUUUCGGUUGGGAUGCGCUUCAAGAUGAGAUUUGAAGGAGAAGAGUCUCCUGAAAGAAGGUUCACAGGCACUAUAGUUGGUGUUGGGGAUUUAUCAUCUCAGUGGUCUGAAUCUAAAUGGCGGUCAUUGAAGAUUCAAUGGGAUGAACAUGCUGCAGUUCAAAGGCCAGAGAGGGUUUCCCCUUGGGAGAUAGAGCCUUUUGUAGCUUCUGCUCCUAUACAUCUUGCUCAACCAGUAGUAAAGAGCAAAAGACCUCGACCUGUAGAAAUUUCUUCAUCUGAAAUUACCACCAAUUCACCUGCUUCUGCUUUCUGGUAUCAUGGCUCAACCCAGACCGUGGAGUUAAACCAAUUAGGUGGUGUUCCUGAAGUCCAAAGCUCUGGUAGUCAGGUUGUCUGGCCUCUAAGGCAGAAAGAAAGCAAUAGCAGCAGUUACUCUAGCUCGAGGGUCUACUCAGAGGGCAUCUGGCCUUCUUCUCCAUGCGUGAAUGUCUCCUUAAGCCUUUUUCCAGACUCGAAGGAGGGCAACAAAAAUGUAACUACGGGUUCUGUUCUCUCUAGCGUUGCUUCCCCAGUUUCAUCAAAGGCAUCAUCAAAGCCAAGUAAUACCCCAAUACCUGGCCAGGUGGGAAAAGAGAAAAAAUCUGACAGUUCAGAUUUAUGGUUGUUUGGAUAUAACUUGACAAACAACUCUAAAACUGCCUCUCCCCCAGAGAGUGAGCCAGUGUGUAAAGCAAUGUCGUGUGGUGGUAAAGGAUCCAUUACAGCUGCUGCAUUUGAAGUUGAUCAGGAUCUGGAUGUCUCAAAGCUCUCAAAGGAGCAGAAACAAGUAAUCUCAGAGGCAUCACCAGGAGAGACACAGGGCAAGCAAGGAUUGACUCUCUCAACAAGAACUCGUACUAAGGUGCAAAUGCAAGGGGUUGCUGUUGGUCGUGCUGUGGACUUGACUUCAUUGAAAGGCUACGAUAAUCUAAUUGAUGAGCUAGAGAAAAUGUUUGAGAUCAAAGGAGAGCUUCGUCCACAGAACAAAUGGGCAGUUGUUUUUACCGAUGAUGAAAAUGACAUGAUGCUUAUGGGCGAUGAUCAGUGGCUGGACUUCUGUAAGUUGGUGAAGAAGAUAUUUAUAUAUUCAAGUGACGAAGUACAGAAGAUGAAUAGAUGCAAGCUUCAGAAUUCAUCUUUAGAUUGUGAAGGGACGGUUAGCGUGGAUUCUGAGCAUAGAUGUGAAACAUGAUAGUUCAAAUUUCCUUCCUUCUUGUUGUGGGUUUAUUUUAUCUCCCUAUUCAUCUGGGAGAAGUUAGUUGGUAGUUGUUUUGCUCAUAUUUUUGGAGCAUGUACUAAGCAAGCAGAAGACUAGGUUGGGAUUUGGGUUAGCAGACUUUCAUGCCAGAAGCAGAGCAGCUACUCUUGAUCAGGAUUAGAAAUGGAAUCUGUCAAUACUUGGUGUGGUUGUGGUUAAGUUCAGUCGGCCUGUAAAAAUACAUAUAUAUGUUUGGUAUUUGGUUUCAAUUUAGUCCUUUUGGUCACAAUUGGCAA